AUGGAGACCCAAAGGGCCAGCCUUUCCCUGGGACGGCGUUCACUGUGGCUCCUGCUGCUGGGACUAGUGCUGCCCUCGGCCAGCGCCCAGGCCCUCAGCUACAGGGAGGCCGUGCUUCGUGCUGUGGAUCAGCUCAAUGAGAAGUCCUCAGAAGCUAAUCUCUACCGCCUCCUGGAGCUAGACCCGCCUCCCGAGCAGGAUGACGAGAACUCAAACAUCCCAAAGCCUGUGAGCUUCAGGGUGAAGGAGACUGUGUGCCCCAGGACGAGCCAGCAGCCCGCGGAGCAGUGUGACUUCAAGGAGAAUGGGCUGCUGAAAGAGUGUGUGGGGACAGUCACCUUGGACCAGGUCGGGAAUAACUUCGACAUCACCUGUGCUGCGCCCCAGAGUGUCAGGGGACUUGGAAGACUGGGUAGGAAGAUAGUACAUGGUUUGAAGAAGUAUGGCCCAACUGUUAUCCGACUAAUUGCAAUAGCUGGGUGA